UGCCCAAUGUGAACAAAAGACUCGAAGAUUCCCCCAAACGAGCUUUUCAAGCUACAUUGCACACGGUAAUCAGCAAUGGAGCAACAAAAGUUCCUCGAGCUCUUAAAGAGCGUCCAAGUUCCCGAUACCGAGCAAGUAAAGGCUGCUACCACCGAGCUCAGAAAGAUCUAUUACCCCCAUCCCGAGUCUCUUCUCUGGCUCCUCCAUAUCCUUACGUCGCACGACGUCCCCGAAAUUCGCCAACAAGCUGCUGUCGAAGCCCUCCGCUUAAUCUCUAAGCACUGGGUUGCCUUGCCCGCAGACCAGAAGCCUGCCAUCCGACAACAGUUGCUCGACAGUACGCUCGCCGAGGAGAAGCCCCUUGUCCGACACUCGACAGCACGAGUUAUUGCUGCUAUCGCCGGCAUCGACCUUGAAGAUGGCGAAUGGGGCUCCCUGCCAAGUCUUCUUGUUCAGGCUUCCACAUCUAAGAAAGUUUCGCAUCGUGAAGUGGGAGUCUACAUUCUGUUCUCUUUGUUGGAGGUCGCCGGUGAAUCCUUCGAAGACAAGAUCCCAGGUUUAUUCUCGCUCUUCAAUACAACCAUCAAAGACCCAGAAAGCUCGGAAGUUCGUACCAACACCUUACUUUGUCUGAGCAGAGUUGCUAUGUUGAUUCAACCGGACGAGGAUCCAGAGAAUCUCGCGCGCUUCAUCGAGAUUUUCCCCAGCAUGGUCGCUGUCUUGAAGAGUGCCGUGGACGAGAACAAUGAGGAUCGUGCUAUGCAAGCUUUCGAAGUAUUUCAGACCUUGCUUGGCUGCGAAUCUGCUUUGAUCAAUAAGCACUUUAAGGACCUCUUGACCUUCAUGAUUGACCUGGCUGCCAACACAGACAUUCCGGACGAGUCGAGAUCUCAAGCCCUCUCCUUCUUGAUGCAGUGCGCAAGAUAUCGCAAGAUGAAAAUCCAGGGCAUCAGGGAUAUGGGAGAGAAUCUGACUUUGAAGAGCAUGCAAAUUGCUACUGAAAUUGAUGAUGACGAGGAUGAGGACGAGGUCACUCCGCAUAAGUCUGCGCUUGGUCUUUUGGACCUCCUCGCCACCAGCUUACCUCCACGACAAGUGAUCGUCCCCCUUUUGAAGGCCUUACCACAAUACGUCAACAGUGAGAACCCAAAAUAUCGUCAAGCUGGCAUAUUGGCUUUAGGAAUGUGUGUCGAGGGAGCUCCAGACUUCAUCGCAACUCAGCUUGAUAAUCUCAUGCCUAUUGUAUUGAAGUUAUUGAACGACCCCGAGAUCAGUGUUCGAGGUGCAGCUCUCAACGGUGUCGCCAGACUUGCCGAUGAUCUUGCAGAGGAGCUAUGCAAGCAUCACACAGAACUGGUUCCAGCAUUACUCAAGAAUCUUGAUGCUGCCAGCGUCCAGGCGACCAGUGAAGCUGAUCAGGAGAAGAAUCUCGAUAUCCUUAAGGCUUCUUGCAGCGCUUUAGACUCUGUCACUGAAGGCAUCGAGAAGGAUGUCAUGAUCACCUACAUCCCUGAGCUCAUUCCUCGUCUAGGUAGAUUGCUCGGUCACCCUGAUCUUCAUGUCAAAGCAAGCGCUGCAGGUGCAAUGGGAUCAAUUGCCGGCUCUGCUGAAGAUGCGUUCUUACCUUACUUCGAGACCACCAUGAAGGCUUUGUCCGAAUACGUCACAAUCAAGGACAGCACGGACGAGCUUGACCUUCGCGGCACCGUUUGCGAUGCAAUGGGUAGUAUGGCAACGGCUGUAGGACCAGUGGCCUUUCAACCAUAUGUUCAACCUCUUAUGCAAGCCAGCGAGGAAGCUCUGCACCUGGGCCAUCCAAGAUUGAGGGAGACUAGCUAUAUUCUGUGGAGUACUUUGGCCAAAGUCUAUGAGGAAGAGUUCACACCAUUUCUCGAGGGCGUUGUUAAAGGUCUCAUGGAGAGCUUGAACCAAGAGGAAGAUGAUCUUGAAGUUGAGCUUGGAGAAGAGGCUAAAGACUUACUGGGCCAGGAAGUCAUUAUUGCCGGCAAGAAGAUCAAGGUCGCUUCCGCUACCGAUGUUCCGGAGGAUCUGGACGAGAUGGGAGAUGACGAGGACGAUGGAGAGUGGGACGAUCUCUCAGCCGUCACCGCCGUUGCGAUGGAAAAGGAGGUUGCUGUGGAAGUCCUCGGUGAUGUUCUGUCGCACACCCGCAAGAACUUCGUACCCUACUUCGAGAAGGCUGUUGAGGUCACUGUGGGUCUGGUAGAGCACUCCUAUGAGGGCGUCAGAAAGGCCGCUAUUGGCACCUUGUGGCGUGCAUAUGCCUGCCUCUGGGGCUUAAUGGAGGACCACACCGGCGAAAAGUGGACACCUGGAUUACCAUUGAAGUCACAACCAUCUGAAGAACUACUCAAAUUGGGUGAGGUGGCCGCGGCUGCUACUCUUUCCGUUUGGGAUGACGAAGUUGAUCGGGCUGUCGUCACAGAUAUCAACAGAAAUAUCGCCGCCACUCUCAAGCUCUGCGGACCUGCUAUCUUGACCCAGGAGAACUUCCUAGAGCGCACUACAAGUGUGCUUGCUGCGAUCAUCACCAAGACUCACCCCUGCCAACAGGACAUGGGCGACGAUGAUGACCAUGAAGGCAUGGAGGAGGAUGAGUCGUCUGAGUAUGAUUGGCUCGUCAUCGACACUGCUCUGGAUGUUAUUAUCGGAUUGUCCAAGGCGCUCGGAGAACAGUUCGGUGAAAUCUGGAAGAUCUAUGUGAAGCCAAUCAUGAAGUUCGCUUCUUCACCAACCACCUAUGAGCGCUCAACUGCUGUUGGUGUCAUUGCAGAGUGCACAAGAAACAUGGGCAGUAGUGUUACCCCAUACACCAGCCAACUUCUCAAGCUUCUUCUACACCGUCUCUCUGACGAGGACCCAGAGACAAAGUCUAAUGCAGCCUAUGCUACUGGUCUCCUCCUCUACCACUCCACCGACUCUAGUGCUUACCUCCCAAGCUAUAACACCAUCCUCAGCAAGCUUGAGCCACUCCUACAAACAAGCCAUGCGAGAACACUAGACAAUGCAUCCGGUUGCGUCUGCCGUAUGAUCAUGGCUCACCAAGACAAGGUUCCUGUAGAUGAUAUCCUACCUGUUCUUGUUGACCUUCUUCCAUUGAAGGAGGACUACGAAGAAAACGAGCCUAUCUUCGACUGUAUUGCCGGCUUGUAUCACCACCAAAACCAGACCAUCCUCAGCCUUACUCCGAGAUUCAUUCCUGUCUUCCAAGCCGUCCUCGGCGAACCUCGAGAGCAGUUGGAUGAUGCUACACGCGCUAAGGUCGAAGCCACAGUCAAGUUUAUUCAAUCGAAAGGCUUGGCUUAAUUCAGGGUUAUGAAGUACUGAUGGUCUUGCCUAAAAACAACAAAUGGCCUCUUGCAAUGAUUGAUGACUGAACGAUAAUGCAUGGGAAUGGAUGGAUAGACUUGUCAAGCUGCUGAUAUAUAUGCUUUGACUGAAAGUUUAUGGGCUGCAGCAUGUGGGUGGCAAAUUUGCUCUGUUAGAAUUCUUGUUUUUAGCAUACCCCGAGACCGUAGUCAUUCAGUCUGCAUAUUUCACUAUAGAGUGAACAAUGAAAAAUAUUGAAGAACCG